AUCCCCAAUGUUGUUCGUUCUGUUCUAGGGUUAGCUGUUUCGCUCUUAUUAUCCCAAUUCAUUCUUUUAUUAUCUCCCAAUUUCCCCCAAAUUGUCGGGGAUUUGAUCCUAAUUCCUGACAGUUCAGAUCUUCGUCGCCCCGCACGCCUCUGACAACCGCGAUCGACUCCAAACGAACCCGCCGGCGGCCGGCCCCUCCCAUAGCAGGGCCUGCUGCCCCAGGGGAAGAGGCCGGCGGCGUACGCUAUGGCCGAUGUCCUCCCCUGAAGCACCCUACAGAACCCCUCCUGAGGCACCAUCUUCCAUGAAACCACCUCGAGGUGAGGUUGUAGACAUGGAUUUUAGAAAGCACCAACCUUCUGGUAAUGCAACCACUAUUGGUAUGGUGCCCCUGGAUUUUCCAAGCCAGGCACUUGAGAUGGUUAAUUCUGUGAAUCAAGUGAUUUCAGAAGCUGUACCAUGUGAGACUCCCGUUGAUAUUGAUAUGAGGGAACUUUACUUCCUCAUCAUACACUUUUUAUCACAUGGUCCAUUCAAGCGGACUGCUGGAGAACUGUGCAAUGAACUCCAGGAGCAUCAGCUGCUACCUAGAAGAUAUCAUGCUUGGUAUUCUCGUGGUGGUUUUCAUAGUGGCGAAGAAAAAGAUGAUGGUGUAUCACUUCCUUUGGGUUACCUAAAGUUAGUUGAGAGAUAUCCCCACAUCGGUAAAGACCACUUGCUGAAGCUUUUAAAUCAACUCAUGGUUAGUUCCUGCCGCCCAGGCAGCUUGAUUGGAGAUGUGUCUUCAAAUGCUGCUGAUGUUCCAACCCUUCUUGGCUCCAACUCAUUUUCCCUUCUUGCAUCUGACAGGGCCAGGAAAGACAAGGAAACUCCCAGCUUGCCGAGGUAUCUCCGUUGGCCGCACAUACAGGCUGAUCAAGUUCAUGGUUUGAGUUUGAGAGAGAUUGGUGGUUUCACUAAGAAUCAUCGAGCUCCAUCUGUCCGUGCGUCAUGCUAUGCCAUUGCGAAGCCAGCUACGCUUGCUGAAAAGAUGCAGAUUAUAAAGAGAUUGAGGGGACAUCAAAAUGCUGUGUAUUGUGCUACUUUUGAUCGCACAGGGCAUUAUGUUAUUACUGGUUCUGAUGACCGCCUUGUUAAAAUUUGGGCAAUAGAAACAGCAUUUUGUCUGGCUAGCUGCCGAGGUCAUGAAGGUGAUAUUACUGACCUCGCGGUGAGUUCCAACAAUGCUGUGGUAGCAUCUUCGUCCAAUGAUUUUAUUAUUAGAGUGUGGCGUAUACCUGAUGGCCAACCGAUCUCAGUAUUGAAGGGGCAUACAGGGGUUGUAACUGCCAUUGCAUUUAGUCCAAGGACAGGUGCUGCUUUCCAGCUAUUGUCGUCGUCAGAUGACGGGACAUGUAGAAUUUGGGAUGCUAGAUAUUCUCAACAAUCUCCACGAAUAUAUACACCAAAACCUCCUGAUGUUGUCCCUGGAAAGAGUGGUGAUGCAUCUUCCAGUGCUGUUCAAGUUCAACCAACAAAUCACCAAAUCUUAUGUUGUGCAUUCAAUGCUAAUGGAACUGUGUUUGUUACUGGAAGCUCAGACACCUUUGCAAGGGUGUGGAAUGCCUGCAAGAGUUUUUCUGAGCAAAAUGACCAACCAAAUCAUGAGAUGGAUGUAUUAUCGGGUCACGAAAAUGAUGUAAACUACGUGCAGUUUAGUGGAUGUGUCGUAUCUAGAUCCUUUUCAUCUGACAGCAGUCACACCACUAAGGAAGAAAAUAACCUUAAGCUAAGAAAUUCAUGGUUCACACACAAUAUUGUUACCUGUUCUCGUGACGGCAGCGCAAUUAUAUGGGUUCCACGAUCUCGGAGAUCACAUGGAAAGAUUGGACGCUGGACACGUGCUUACCAUCUCAAGGUUCCCCCUCCUCCAAUGGCUCCUCAACUGCUUCGUGGUGGUCCACGUCAGAGAUAUCAGCCAACUCCUCGUGGUGUCAAUAUGAUUGUUUGGAGUUUGGACAACCGCUUUGUGCUUGCUGCUAUCAUGGAUUGCAGAAUUUGUGUUUGGAAUGCUUCUGAUGGGAGCUUGGUACAUUCACUGAUUGGCCAUAAGGAAUCGACAUUUGUUCUUGAUGUGCAUCCAUUCAACCCCCGUAUAGCAAUGAGUGCUGGGUAUGAUGGAAAGACAAUCAUCUGGGAUAUAUGGGAAGGAAAACCUGUACAGAUCUAUGAAACUGGCCAUUUUAAGCUAGUAGAUGGGAAGUUCUCUCCGGAUGGAACGUCACUUAUCCUCACUGAUGAAAUCGGGCAAAUAUUCAUUAUUGGUACAGGACAGGGUGAGUCCCAGAAGGAUGCGCAAUGUGAUCAGUUCUUUCUUGGAGACUAUCGACCCCUUAUUCAAGAUACAAAUGGAAAUGCUAUUGAUCAGGAAACACAGCUCACACCUUAUAGGAGAAAUAUUCAAGACCUUUUGUGUGACUCUGGUAUGAUACCAUACCCAGAGCCUUUUCAAAGCAUGUACCAGAAACGUCGGUUAGGUACCCUGGGUAUAGAGUGGCGACCUCCCUCUGUAAAUUUUGCUGUUGGCCCCACUUAUAAUGCAAGCACUGGCGAAUACCAAAUGAUCCCAGUUAUUGAUCCAGAUAGGUGGGAACCACUUCCAGAGAUAACAGACUUCAUUGAUCUUGAACCAGAAAAUGAAGUUAUCUCUGAUGAUACUGAUUCUGAGUACGAUGGCUUGGAUGACAAGUCUAGUGAAGGGGAACAGGAAAUUUUGAGUGGGGAUUCCUCUGAUGCUUCAUACUCAAGUGCAGAGAUUGAUGAGAAUAACCUUAGAAAUAAUGCUAAUCUUCGCAGAUCUAGAAGAAAGAAGAAAAAAUCUGAUGCUGAUCUUGUUACUUCAUCUGGUCGGCGAGUUAAGAAAAGAAAUUUGGAUGAGCAUGAUGUGGCUAAUGUGUCAAGGCCACAUAGAAGUAGCAAAUCUAAGACUGGGCGCCUUAGUAAAAGGAAAAGAUCACCUGAAUUUAGGGGAUUGCGGCCACAAAGACGUGCUGCUCGCAAUGCGCUCAGUUUUUUCACAAAGGUAGGAGCUUCAACAGUAGAUUAUGAAGAUGACUCAGAGAACAGUCUCUCAGACACUGAAUUUAACACAGAAAGCACUGAAGCUGAGCAGUCAGCAUGGUAUAGUCAGCCAAGACUUGGUAGAGAGAGUAACCAACAUGAUUCAGAUGUUGCACAGCCUUCUCAUUUCCCUGAAACUCAGGAAAGUUGUGGAAAUAAUAGAAAACUGGUCCUGAGGAUACCACGCCGCGAUUCAGAAAUCCAAUAUCCUUCAAUGGUGCCACUUGCGGCGACUGGACACGGAGCAGUUGAGCCGGAACCAGCUUUUGAGCCUGGAGGUUCCUCUGCUUGCAAGGCUGAACUACCAGCAGAUGGAGGUCAAACUGCAACCUCUCUAUCUUCUGUUCAUAGUUACAACACAAUCAAGUGGGGCGAGGUUAAGCUGCGAUCAAAGCGCUGCAGGUUUGGUGAUUCUUCUACUGGAGACACACGACCCUCUUCAAAUAAUGCAGUUUCACAGGAUGUUGGCGAGUCUUGUAGUCAGAAGACACCUCAUGAAUAUGGUAAUGACAGCCAGCAAACAGUUGAGCAGAAUGUACAAAGGAGUCAACAUGCAAUUUGUCUGGAUAGCAUCCAUGAAAACCACGACACUGAUGUUCAUAGUGAAGGUAAUUUUCCUGGUGAAGAAAGGAUAACUAACAAUGAUGAUACCUAUGCAGAGGAAGUAAAUAACAAAGAAUGCAACCAACAGUUCGACAGUACUUCUCAGCCUGCCUCUAAACUGAAGUUGGUCAGUUCAAGAGGCUUUACAGAUGGAACAAGUUCAUCAGACAAGUCAAAGGCUACUGCAGUAGGGAGUGACAUGAACUUUCCACAUCAUAAAGUUUCCAUGCAGCAUGAUCAGGCUUCUGCCACCGAUAAAAAUAGCACUGCCUUCCCUAGUGCGUCUAGAAAUUUCCAGGAAUUCACAGGUAAAAGUACUGGUUUGCAUGAUUCAAGAAGAUUGCACUUCGAAUCUGCAAAGACGUACGGUGCAGUGUACAGAAGGAAAAAUCUAAGUAAGCAAAAGAAAAGCUUGGAUUCAGAUUCUCAUGGAAAUGGAGAUAGUACUUCCGUCUCCAACGUCUCCAACGAUUAUGGUGGGCAUCAACCUCCAGACUGCAGCCCUGUUGCAACUGUUACAGGUAGUUUACGAAGAAGCGUAAGGAGGUCAUGUGCAUACACUGAUAAUGGUAGAGCAAGGGAUACUAUCUCUCAUGUGAAAAAUUCGUCCCAUGAAGCAUCAACUAGCGGGAGACGAAUUGUUACAGAUGGGCGUGAGUGGGGAUCAACAUCAAAGACUGCUAGUUUAAGGUCUACUAGGAACAAAAGAGGGGGUUGCAACUCUCCUGAUACACAUCAAUUGGAUAAUAAGCAACAAGCAUCCUUGAAAUGUUGGUUGAUGUUGCUGGAGCAUGAAGAUAUUUACCGUUAUAUUCCUCAACAUGACGAUGAGGUUAUGUACUUGCGCCAGGGCCAUGAAGAAUAUCUUAGUAGAAUGCGAUUAUCGGGUAUUUGCCCAUGGAAUCGGAUUAAAGGCCUCAAAGCUGUAGAGCUUUGCAAAAUUCAGGGUCUUUUGUAUACAACUUAUGGAGGGUCUGGUGAAAGCUGCUGUAAGUUAAAACUUAAAUUCAUCGAUGACACUUCAAGCGGAUUUGGGAAAGAAUUUACCAUCACACUGCUUGAGCCGGUUGAUUUCCCUGAUUUUCUUGUGGAAAGAACACGGUUUGAAGCUGCUAUUGUGCCGAACUGGGUUGUCAGAGAUAGGUGCAGAGUUUGGUGGGCGGAUGAUGGGGAGGAAGGAGGAAGCUGGUGGGAGGGAGGGGUGUCGGCAAUAAGAGCUAAGUCAACUGAUUUUCCUGAGAGUCCAUGGGAGAAAUAUGUCAUACAAUACGAGAAUGAUGGUUCUGAACAUCUGCAUAGCCCCUGGGAGCUCCAUGAUGCUGAUAACCCGAUGGUUCCAUGGAAACAUCCACAUAUUGAUUCCAGUAUCAGGAAUAAAUUGUUAUCAGCAGUGACCACUUUACAGAAAAUGUCUCACACAAACAAGGAUCACUAUGGCGUUCUGAAGUUAGAUACUGUCACAGGGAAAUCAGAUUUCAUAAACAGGUUUCCUGUCCAGUUUUCCAUUGAGGUGAUCAGGGCAAGACUGCAUAACAACUACUAUAGAACUGUGGAGGCUGUCCAACAUGAUGCCACUGUGAUGCUUGAAAAUGCCGAGUCUUACUUUUCGAAGAACACUGAAAUGACGAAAAAGAUUCUCAGGCUAUUCGAGUGGAUCCAAGAUAAGAUUCUAUCACUGUAGGGAAAGGUGCUCUAUAUCCGCAAUUAGCGUUCUUCCUUUUUUAUGGAAGAAUUUGAUUCUAAGAUGGUGGGAUGAUUCUUCGGUGUGUUGAGGCAUAGUUUUGUUAGAGAAAUGAGCUAAAGUAGUUGGCUGGUUGGGAUGAAGUUUUUUCCUUGUGUUUCCUCAUACCAAUUGAUCUCCUCUGACCCCCCCUGUUGCCGUCAAGAGAGACGGAUUUGUCCCAUUGGACAAAAAGAAGUUUUUUUUUUGAACAAAGGCAAAAAAAGUUUAGAGCGUUACUAGAGAAGAUGCUAGCGAGUAAAGUCUAGUGGAUAGAAAAAUGGAUACCAGAUUAUUAGAUUUGUAUAGACCAUUGUGCAUCAUCAUGAAUAAAAAGAAGGCAGAGAAAGUUUUGUGACCA